AUGUGCCGAAUGGACGCCGGAGACUUCGAUCCGAAGCAUCCUUGCAAUCCACGGAGUCCAUCUGAUUUUUACUACUGGGAAACGAAUUACGAUGACGGCACAGAUGAUCGCGAUUCAAACUCUUCAUUCUAUACCAAGGACGGAAAAUCAACACAGUUUGCCGUAAAUUACGUGUACAAGCCCGUGAAGCCGGGGAGAUGGGCCACAUAUACUAUCUUGACGUCCACUCCCAAAAUGUUGGCUUUAAAACCCCACCCAAGACGAAUAUCACGGUCACAGCCACGGGAAUCUGGAUGGAAGUCCACGAACAAGGAGCCGUCUAUGAUAAACCAGUCAAGCAUAUUAACCAAGUGGUGCAAUCUAACUCAGUGUCUAUACUUUGGGCAAAUUCCACAAAUCGUCAUUAUUACUGCGGCAGAAAUUCUUUUCUCUAUUACUGGUUAUGAGUUCGCCUAUUCCCAGUCUGCACCUUCUAUGAAGGCCUUAGUUCAAGCUCUCUGGCUACUCACGACUGCAGUAGGCGACUCUAUCAUCGUUCUGAUCACAGCUCUCAACCUGUUCUCGAAUAUGGCGACCGAAUUCUUUGCAUACGCCGGAGCUAUGUUCGUCGUUAUUUCUAUAUUCGCAUUGAUGUCGAUCUUCUACUACGAAUACAACUACUAUACGCAAGAAAAGUCCGAAACACAGUCAGACGAUGGCGGAGUGAUAGUGAAGCCCUCUAUGUUGGACGAUGCAGCACACAGAUUGAGAUCCUUCUCGAUUGAUCCUCAUGACGGAGAAUAUGCUUGGGCAGUGGAGGCACGGUUAGACGACUACAUUCCGGAUGAGAGGUUCUAG